UUUUGCCCUUGAACCUAGCAGUAUAAACUAUAGACAUGUUGAUUAAACCAAUCAAUGAUAUAAGAAACCCUCGUCAUAUUCUUGACGACGAUACUGAUGACACCACACCUCAUCCAAUUCCAACCGUAUCAAUUGAUCUUCAGACAAGUUCUAUUGGAAAUAUUGUGGUUAUUCCUAAAACUAUAAGUAUUUUGCAAGAUGAAUUGAGUAGCCUUACUCAGGUUGGUACAGUCAAGAUUGAAUACCCUGAAUUGGUGCAGACAACUAGUGAAGAAUCGCAGCUUGACUAUGAUGAAGAUGAACAAUUGUAUUCUGCUAUACGUCAACGAGAAUUAGAUACAAAAUACCCUACUGCACAAAUUCCAAUAUAUUCAAUUAGCAAUGGUAAUGUUGUAUUAACUGUUCCUCAUUUUUACAAUACCAUAGCAUAUAAUGUCUUGGCAAGACAAUUGGUCAAGGUGGGAAAUCCUAAGCAAUGGAUUCUUUUAUCACCUUGCAGUAUGAAUAAUAAUCAAACGAUUGCCAUUUUGGAAUCAAAUCCACUACUUGAAGUGAUCCCUGUAUUGACACCUCCUCAUACAGUGACAGGGAUUUCUGCAGCUAUUAUUUCCCAAUUGCCACCUUCAGCAAAAUUAAUUCCACUUGUACUUAAUUCCGAGGGACAACCCGGUUUUGAAAAAUCAGACAACGAUGCAAUUAUUGAUAUUUGUGUUAUUCUUGGAGAAGUUUUACAAAUUGAGGAUAAGGAAGAUUACCUUAAAAGAGUAAGCUCAAAAGUUAGAAAAUUUAAUGGGUAUUCCAAUUUGGGAAUGUAUAUUUAAUCCUAACUACGGGAAUUUCUCAUGGAUAAGAAACAAUUCCACAAUACUGAAACCGAUGAACUAAAUGGAACUUGAAAAUUUCUAGGAACAAUUAAAAAAUUAAAGAAUUGAACUGGGAACCAAACUGAAUAAUUAAUAAUUAAAGUUUUUAAAUAAAUUCUUGACAACUUUUGCUUUGUUUGCUCCCAAUUACCACUUUCAAGUACUAUUGUACCAUAGGUAAAGAAGCAAAAUAAUGAGAUUGGUGAAAAGCAAAGUUGAUCAGUUAAUACUUUCCGUAAAACUUCAAUAAAUUUAGGAUCUUUGGAAUAUAUUUGUAAGAACUUAUACCACCAGCAUUGUACAAAAGCCAUCAUAAACCCCCAACACAUGAAUCCUGCUAAUCUGUUAAAUUGAAAAUAUGUUAAUUGAGUUGGAGGUGAUAAGGCUGAUGUGAAUCCCUCAUCAAUCGUAGAAUUCUCCACAAUUGAUUCGUUAUCUUGACGUAAAUAAUUUAUAAACCGGUCCAAUCCUUCUUCGUCUAUGCUGGAAAUGCUUGCGACAUCAUCUCCCUGUUCUUCUUCUUCAUCUCUAUAUUCCAGUCUAUCCUCUGUGGUCAAUGCAAUGUCAUUCGAAUUAAAUGACAUACCACUGUGACCUGGUUCAUUAAAUCUAAAAUCCAUCCGAGGUUGAUCUCUUCGAAAACAUAAUAUAGAUUGGGCCAUGGUUUCAGAUAUUCCAAAUAGCACUAAAUUAGUAACUAUAAUUGUAAUUAAUGAGCUCUUCAUGUAUAACCCGGUAUAUUUUGUGGUUAAUUUGAAUAGAAACGAUCCCAAUAUCCCGAUGAUGAUAAAGUUUAGCACUGGCACAUUGUGGCAUCGAACACUAUUUAUCAAUCUUAUGAACGGAUGUCUCGGUGGUUGUGGGUUUGCAUAGUCAUCUGUGGCACCUUCCCUAUCUUCAAGACUCAAGGGCAUUAUCUGUGGUAUAACUUAUACAUGUGUAU